CAAAGUUCUUGAUUUUAACAUGUCCGAUGAAGUGGAUCCAGUGGAACAAAUGCUGAAACGAACCGGCUGUCUUAAUUUACAUCAUAAAGUGCAGGAGUGCAUAGCCGAAACCGGCGACUGGCGGCUCUGUCAGGACGUAGUAAAAGAUUUCAAGCUGUGCAUGCAAGAUUACACGGAAAAGCAGCGCACAAAGUAUAGCGACAAAUGAAAAUUUUACGUUCGUUACUUGCUGG